GAAUCAACGAAGAACAGAACAAGAUGAAAAUUUCAUGAAAGAAAACAAACACUCGAAAGGGAUCAGUCAAGAUGAAAAGAAUUUCAUAACCUAAAAGAAGUGUGUUGUUGGAUCAUUCAUCGAUCUUGAAAUCUGAAGGAUCAGACAAGAUAAACGACCCUCAUCUCCCUUUGACAACAACUGUUUUCUUUCCUAAACCAUCACUUCAAGCAUGAAAAACCAAUUCUUUUCUCGUGUUACUGCGUAUGGCAGAGCACGUCUGGUAGGGACUAUGCCAGACAAAAAAAAAUUUAUUAGUCAAGGUGGGACGUAUCCUAAGGGAUUCUUGAUUAAUGGUAUUUCCUCCGGCGUAAAAGCGAAUGGUAAUAAGGAUUUAAUGGUUUUGUUUUCUCCUACUCCCUGUAAUGCAGCAGCUGCUUUCACAAAGAACGCAUUCCAAGCAGCCCCUGUUCAGGUCUCUCGUUCGGUUUUACAAGAAAAUCAUGGUAGUGGAAUCCAUGCCCUAGUCGUCAAUAGUGGAUGUGCAAAUGCAGUUACCGGAGAAGGCGGUUUACAAGACGCUAAAGCAAUUGCAAAGACCACAGAUGAAUUAACGCAACCACUCAAGAAGUUGUUGAACAAAAAUGAUUCUUUGUCUUCUACUUUAUUGAUGUCCACUGGAGUGAUUGGUCAACGAUUGAAACUCGAUAAAAUUCAGCAAGGACUUGGUGUCGCUCUUCAAGACAUGGGAUCUUCUCAUCAACACUGGAUGAACGCGACGCAAGCCAUCUGUACCACGGAUACCUUUCCCAAGUUAGUUUCUAAGCAAGUCAAAGUAGCUGAUCGUGUUUAUACUAUUGCUGGUACCACAAAGGGUGCUGGAAUGAUUAAUCCCAAUUUAGCUACUCUUCUUGGAUUUUUCGUCACAGAUGCCCCCAUUGCUCCUGAUGCAGUCCAGUCCAUCCUUCGCCAUGCAGUCACAAACAGUUUUAAUUCAAUUAGCAUUGACGGUGAUACCAGUACAAAUGAUACCGUUGCUUUUCUUGCCAAUGGCGCUGCCGGUGGAUCUGAAAUUACUUCCACCUCUGUAGAGUACGAACCCAUUCGCGAUGCCAUCACCGGUCUUUCUCAAGACCUUGCAAAGCUGGUUGUUCGUGAUGGUGAAGGAGCAACCAAGUUUGUAACUGUUCGUGUUCAUGGGGCAAAGUCGGUAGAGGACGCUACAAUCGUAGCUUCUACCAUUAGCAAUUCGGCUUUAGUCAAAACCGCCUUCUUUGGCGAAGACGCCAACUGGGGUCGUAUUCUUUGUGCAGUCGGCUACUCUGGUGCAACUGUAAAUCCCGCUGCAACUUCCGUAAGCUUCGUUCCUGCCGAUGGCUCCGAAACAUUGAAGCUUCUUGUCCGCGGUGAACCCCAAAACGUGAACGAAACUCGUGCUAGCCAAAUUUUAGCACAAGAAGAGUUGACUGUUGAUGUCGAUCUAGGAAGCGGUCCUUUUGAAAAGACAAACUGGACUUGCGAUUUCUCUUAUGAUUAUGUGCGCAUUAACGCUGACUACCGAAGCUAAAAAUUGUAUAUAGUUAGAAGUAUUUUUGUUUACAACAUGAAUCAUUAUGCAUAAUAAAUAUUCUAGGAAAUCAACGUG